GCGCAGUGCGGGCCGGGCUGUUUCUGAGCAUGCGCAGUGAUUCCCCGCUUUCCCCGGCCAUGCGCGCUGUGUUGCCGGUGUGUCGCUGUGUCGGGCGGCCCGGCCGGGAGCCAUGUUGUCGCACUCUGUGAUGGCGGCUGAGCCCCUGCUCCCCGGCGGCCGCCUGUCACAGUUGCACCCGGUGCUGAAGGCGUUUGUGUGCGGCUCUCUGAGCGGAACCUGCUCCACCCUGCUCUUCCAACCGCUGGACCUGCUCAAAACCCGCCUGCAGACCCUGCCGCCCGCCACAGCCGGGUAUGGACACCGUGACAGACAGUUACCAUGGUGACAGACAGUGAGGGACCGGUUACCGUGGUGACAGACAGUGCGGGACCGGUUACCGUGGUGACAGACAGUGCGGGACCAUUUACAUGGUGACAGACAGUGAGGGACCGGUUACCAUGGUGACAUACAGUGUAGAACAUGUUGCUGGCGAGGAUGGGUUACCGUGGUGACAGACAGUGCGGGACCGGUUACCGUGGUGACAUACAGUGUGGGACCGGUUACCAUGGUGACAUACAGUGUAGAACAUGUUGCUGGCGAGGAUGGGUUACCGUGGUGACAGACAGUGCGGGACCGGUUACCGUGGUGACAGACAGUGUGGGACCGGUUACCGUGGUGACAGACAGUGUGGGACCGGUUACCGGGGUGACAGACAGUGCGGGACCGGUUACCGGGGUGACAUACAGUGCGGGACCGGUUACCGGGGUGACAGACAGUGCGGGACCGGUUACCGUGGUGACAUACAGUGUGGGACCGGUUACCGUGGUGACAUACAGUGUAGAACAUGUUGCUGGCGAGGAUGGGUUACCGUGGUGACAUACACAGUGAAGCAUAGCUGACUUGACUUUUUAUAGUUGGAAUUCCUAACAAUUCCCACUUUUGCAGCCAGCCCUGACCCUGUUACUGGUAUCAAUGCUCCUCUGGUCUUUCACCAUUCAAUGCACACACUCAUUUUGUUUUGAGUGUGCAAUUUCCAAGCCUACAUUUUAACACAUUUUGCCUCCCAAUUCAUGAUUGGUGUUCCACUUUUCCCAUCAACCCUCCCUUCAUGAUAGAUUUUGGUUUCCUAAGAACCCUCUCAUGGUAUGUCAUGUUCAGUAUCCCUUCUUUUCCAGCACCUCUCCAAUGUUUUAUUUGUCCCUCCAUUCAUGGUCGCUUUGCUAUCAACAAGUCCUCCUCACAUUGUAGCCAUUGUCUUAGAGGUGAUUUAGUAUUCACUGGUUCUCAAACAUAUACUUUCUAAUAGGAGGCGACCGGGGAUGUUCAAGCUAUUUCUCAACAUCAUCCAAAACGAGAACAUAUUUGGUCUGUGGAAAGGACUUCUGCCAGUAAGUUUACAUCAUUUCCAUAACUAGGAAAACUAUUGCAAUUUUAACCCCCAGCACUAAGUAAUUGUGGUAUAACAGUGGUUGCAUUAAGUCGUCACAGAUGGGCCAAGUUUUGACGUAAAGUGCAUCAUACCAAAAUAUAAUGUAGGUGAAUGCAAAACACUCGACCAAUAAGUGUUUUGCAGCAAAUUGCAAGCAGUAAGUCAUCAAGAAAUAGUGCAAGUGAACUCCAUAAAUCUAAAAUCUCAUCACAUCAUAAAAUGAUAGUAACCAAACAAUUGUUUUCUAUCUGUCAAAUGACGGAGUUAAAUACGGCCAUUGCAGUGCAAGCCACGUUAGUGGCUGUCAGGAAGACAGCUACUGGCAGUGUUUAACCUUUCCAUUCCUCCUAAAGGACUAAAACGAGAGGCCAGAUGUACCAUGAGUCAAAGUUGUUUGCCUACCAUGAGGAGCCAUUUCAUCUCUUAAAGGACAACUGGCAGCACAUUUUCACUUUUUAAAUGUUAUUUUUAAUAAACGUAAUGAUUAACUUUUUUAUUUUAUAGAAAAUGUCGCUUUUUAUGUGGCUCUGCAGCCGUGUUCAGUCAGACUCUACGGAUAUCUGGUCAUCUGCUGCUGUCUGAACCAGCAUGGCCGCUCUGCCUGACAAAAUGACAUUUUCUCAAGGAAUUGUCACACUAGAAGUAAAUGGAAAAAUCUAGGCAUUAGAAUUAUUUUCAGAAAGAGGACCAGAAAAUUAUUUUUAACUGCCCUAGUUGUUGAAGAAUAUUAUUUAAAAAAAAAAAACCAUAUGACUUAUUUUUUUAUAUAUAUAUAUAUAUAUAUAUAUAUAUAUAUAUAUAUAUAUAUAUAUAUAUAUAUAUCUGCCCUUUAUAGCUUGAUAUUGAAUAAAUAUGACCGCACUGAAGCAGUCCUGUUAUGUUGACUGAAGUCUGUAUGUGCAGCGUUUUCGCUAUGAAACACUGCACACAAAAAGUUUAACCCCACUGCUGCCAGAGUUAUAGAGUUAUUGGGGCAUCCUCAGCCAGGCAGUAGAAUUAUGGACUGGCUAAUUCUAUGCAAGUUUUCAUGCACAGACUCUUGUUCAUUGGCAUAGAGUGCUCAGGUGAUUCUGUCAGUCAUUGAAUAAGCAAAAAGAUUGCCAGACUCAACGAACGAGCAACAGUUCUACAGAGCCAUAUGUAGUAAAUCCUGCUUCAGAGCAGACCAGGUGAGAGGGCUACCGGGAAAUCGCGUCAAGGUCAACUUCAGCGGGCUGUACUAGUUAUGGCACUUGGAGUAACUGCGCUAAUACUCUCCCCAUUUCCACUGACCUUUAUAUCAAUUUCUUUUGUCUUCGUUGCGCUGGAUCAGGGUAGAUGUAGUCCACGACAUUUGGAGUGCGGAAGGUUGCCUACCCCUGCCUUAAUUCUUAAGGAACAAUAACAGGGUGGGAAUUAUAGUGAAUUUCAAAUAUAAUGCAAAUUAGGCAAACUGAAAUAAGAAGUAACUUGGGGAAUGUUUCCAGUUCGGUAUUUUGUCUACAUUGUGAAAUUCACUUUAAGUUAACAGCAAUUCUCACAUUGGUGAAUAACCCUGUAAGUAGUAUUUUGUGUAUAUCUCCACAUUGGGAACUGUGUCAACGUAGGGAAAUCAUUAUAAAUCACUUGAAAGGUUAUUCACUAAAGGGUGAAUGUAAUAAUUAUUUUUGUUUAGGCCGAGCUGAAAACAUAACUCUAUAGCGCUGUUCCAUCCUUCCUUUCUUUCCAAAAACUUCACUGACUUGGAGAUAUUUUACAUUUCAUUUUCUCUGAAUUCAGCUAUUUUGGGCUAGUCUGUGGGGUCUCUUAUUCUAACUACUGAGUUAUAUCCAAACGGCAAAGCUGAGGCUAAAAUAGCCCAGCUGUGACUGUAUAGUUAAGGGCAAGGAUUUUCCCAAAUCAGCUGUUUUAGUGUUGCUAAAAUUCAGAGCUACCAUACAAAGCUGUGUGCAAUUUAAAAAAAAUGUUUUUGCCUUUCUUUCAUUUAGUCCUUCUUACGUUGCAUUCCUGGAGUUGGUCUCUACUUCAGCACCCUAUAUGCGGCAAAGCAGCAUUUUUUCCCCAAACAAGGCCCGUCACCUAUAGAGUCCGUUCUGUUGGGCGCAGGAUCCAGGACAGUAGCCGGAGUCUGCAUGCUACCUUUCACCGUUGUAAAGACUCGUUACGAGGUGAAAACAGCAAAGAUACCUUCAUUCAUUGCAUACAUUCAUUCUACCACGUUCCAUUUAUACAGACCACUUGCUUUCUGUCCACAGAGCGGCAAGUUCGGCUACAGGAGUGUGUAUGGUGCCUUGAACAAUAUCUACAAAACAGAGGGUCCCCGUGGGCUGUUUACUGGCCUGACUGCAACACUCCUACGAGAUGCCCCAUUCUCUGGCAUUUAUCUCAUGUUUUACACUCAAGCGAAAAAGAUUGUUCAACAUGGUAAGUCCAAUCAGUGGGUACGGGUAGUGUUAAGCACUGAAAUUCUAAAUACCCGGUCGUCAUGCACCUCCACAAGGCUCGAUACAUAUUUACUGUGUGCUGAGAUGUGCUCACAUUGAUGGUAAAAUGUAGAGAGGCUGUAGGCCUGGGGUUUAGUUACCCUUUCAGAAUGAUUGGUUUGUAUGCUUCUCAUUGAAAUUGGAUCUGAUCAUCCACGUUCCAACAACAGCUCGAGCGAAUAUGGAAAACCACAAACAUAAGUUUGCAACCAUUUACGCUUUGUUGUAAAGAUUAUAAUAUUCAUUUUAUCAAUUCCUCGUUUAAAUUCAUUCAUUGUCUGCUUUUCCUGUCAUCUUGGAACAGCCAUCGACACAUCACCACUUUAUCCACAUUGUCACAAUGAUAAAUGACAUUAAUUGUGUAAAGAGAGGUUACAGUGAACCCUCGCACCAUGGGAAUGAUGAAUGGAUACACUCAAUGUGCUUGUCCCUGGCAGAGAAUAUGCGCUUUUCUUUCGGUGUCCUGUACCUCCAUCCAACAUUACCAUGGCAACCAUCCAGAAUCAAUCAGAAAGUUAGUUCCACAGGAACCUAUGAAUAAACUACCCGUGCAUCCAGCCAUGCUAUCACUCACCCAGCUUAUUCUAAAAUAUGGCUGUGAACGCAGAGAGGGCCUAUAGAUCGAAGGAUGAAUGUACACCGUGUAGAUGCCAAACAUCUAUCAAAAACUGAUCAUUGUCUAGCAACCAAUGGCAGAGUCAAAAUAAAGCACCUCUGCUUUAGAUAUAAACAAACAUUGAUACAUUCAUCUCAUAAAUCAUACCACGUGUUCGUGAGAAAACUGUCCAUAUCUACAUUUCCUACACAAAAGAUUAAAACAAUGUGUUAAAAAAGAGACAAAGUCGAUCCACUUUGCCUUACGUAGUGUUCCUUUAGAACCACAGUAGGAUCCCUCAGAUCACACAAGCUGGGGAGCAAAGUUUACAUGGCCCCGUCUCUAUUUCACAAUGCACACUCAGUUGCACUGACGUUGUGUUAAUAGAAGAAAACUAGUAAUGAAUACACUUGGAACAGACAGGAUCGAGUUCAACGUUGCGUCUCGAUGAGUAUAGCCAACAGGUAAGUUGGGUAGAGAGAAGUGAUACUAGUUAAAGCAUGGGAAGUAUCCCUUGGGGUGUACUGUACUCCGCUCAUACAUCAACAAUGGUUCUCCCUAUUUGAGUUUCUUUAAGAAAGCACUGUUUUUGAUCAGAGUACCUUUACUGACCUUGCUGGAAGGUAACUUGUCUCCUUUAUUGUGUAUACAGUGUUUGAAAUAAAAUUGUUAAAGGUUGCAUUCUGAUAGUGGCAGUAAAAACCAUUGGCUUUUUAAUUAUACAAACCAAUUAGUUGACUUCAGCAAGUCCUUGGUCUCUUUGUUUUCCAGAAGAAAUCGACCCAGCAUUCUCAUCUCUGCAAAAUUUUGGAUGUGGGAUUAUGGCAGGAAUUAUGGCUUCUGUGGCCACCCAACCUGCUGAUGUCAUAAAGACUCAUAUGCAGCUCUCGCACGAGAAGAACCGAUGGACUGGGCAAGUGGCCACCCACAUCUUUAGGGUCAGUUGUGUGUACUGCGAUACAAAAUGGUUGUCAUAUAAGAAUAUGUGUAUGGUUAACACUAACCUGUCUCUGAGUUCUCAAUGUUCCGGGACGCUACUAUAGAGCAAUCGUUUCCAACUCUGUCCCUAAGGCACAAGAAGAGCCCAGGAUUUGGUAUUUCCCAAUGUUCUAGUGGGGAUACUGACAAAUCUUACCUGCUACCAUUGCUGUGCCCUUUUCUUCUUCGCUACCUAAAUGACAUUUGUGAUUGAUAAUGAAAACUACCCUCCUGGCACCAUAAAAACUUAAUCUUAAUGGUGCCAGGAAGCCCCCAGGUGCACCCUUACAAACUUAAGGGAUUAAACCAUUCUCAAAUUGUUAACCCCCAAAGUGUACCUCUAGUGCCGAUCUGCAGGUCCCCCAGACAGCAUCUGGCUGUUGAAUCAGGAAGGUUCAGGAAGCACAGGUUGCUGCAGAGCACGCGCUACUAAUUGGCUUUGAUCGGUUAGCCAAUGCUGUAAGCCACUCAAUAGCUCCCCAAUUUUAAAGAGGCAUAACAUUUUUGUCAAUAGGGAGCUACUGAUUAUCUUACAGCCUCAACUGACCUCUCUAAUCCAAUCAGCGGCGCCCCUACCCAGCAGCACUCGGAGCUUUCUCAAACUGAGAAACUAUGGGUGGCGUCUGUUCUGCUAAGGGGUUUCUGGUGUGGGCAUGCAAAAAUAAGAAAAAAGGAGACUGGUAAUUAUUUAGGUCAAAGCCUUACUGCUGUUUUGGUGCUUGGAGUUUCCCUCGAACAUGAGUUAACAUCUAUCACCAAUGACAUGUUUAGCACAUAUUCUGCAAAAUGUUUAGUUCUGUCACUUUUACAGAAUCACGGAGUAACUGGAUUUUUCCGUGGUGGUUUUCCCCGUGCCUUACGAAGAACUUUCAUGGCUGCCAUGGCGUGGACUGUGUAUGAACAGAUGAUGGAGAAAAUGGGAUUGAAGUCCUAAUCAGGACUGCAAGUUGACGCAGUGGCUCUGCUUUGAGUUACAGGAAAAUCCUUCAUGCUACAUUGUUUUAGUGAGUGAUCACGUGCCCCUAUCUGCCAAGACGUGUGUUGCUGACAAAGGAUCAGCGGUCGGGAAGACGUUACCGUUCAGACUUACUUUGCAGUCAUGAAGAGAGCAGUGUUUGACUCAAUCCAACAGUGGAUUUAUACGGACUCUUGAAAUAAAACUGGUCCGUUUUUCAUUGCUUGUUUCAUUGCUUGUUUCUGCUUGUAUAAUUGUAAUGAUACAUUUAUAAUGUAUAUAAAAUCUAAUGGAUCACAGUUGUGCUGUGAUGAAAAUCCUAUUAUUUUUGGUGGAGUAAUAUUGAAAAAUGUGUAUAUUUUAUAAAUAAUUAUUUAAAUGAAAAGACUCUGUGAAGUGUUAAACCGGAAUGUGUACAUAAAUAUAAAGACUUUGGGCAAGUUUUAUCUUUUCUUUAAUCAUUCUCUACCUGUUUUCUGCAGCCGCUAAGUUGAUGUUUAAUAAAUCUUUUUGCAUUCACACAGGUCAGGAAACGUCUUUGUUUACAUGACUCUCCAUCGUAACAUAAUCGAAAAUGUGUAGCUACUCCUGAACUCUCAAAAUGUACACAAUCCAUUUUCUUUAGUUAAGAAGCGCACUCACCUGAUCUUUGCUGUCCAAGGUUGGACAGACUAGGUUCACUUCUGCAUUACAAAUAAGCAGUAAUUUUUAUAAUGCAUAGUGUGGUUUAUAAGCAGGAGUAUGGUUUGGAACAAAAUGUAGCC